CGGAUACUCUACCUAAUCGGUCAUGACAACUUGUCAUGGCGGCAACGGCAGGCAAAGUGAAGUUCUGCACUGACUUGGAGAAGUCGGUUUUGGUCGAGAACUUUACGAAACGAGGAUGGGUGAGAGUCGAUCAAGAAGAUGGAUGGAAUUUUUAUUGGAGCAGCGUUCAUUCAACGAGAAAUAUUUUCAGUUUGGAGACCGGAUACAGACUGGCUGAUGACCAGGUCAUCAAUCAUUUUCCAAAUCAUUACGAACUGACACGUAAAGAUUUAAUGGUCAAGAACAUCAAACGAUACAGAAAAGACUUAGAAAAAGAUGGCAAUUCUCUUGCAGAGAGGGACGAAACAGGGAGAUAUGUAUAUUUAGACUUUAUUCCUCUGACGUUCGUGCUUCCAGCUGACUACAACAUUUUUGUUGAGGAAUUUAGAAAGAAUCCUUCCAGUCCUUGGAUUAUGAAACCAACAGGAAAGGCACAAGGUGUUGGCAUAUUCCUUGUGAAUAAACUCAGUCAGAUAAAGAAAUGGUCUAGAGACGGAAGAGGCAUACCAGCUCACGUUCCCGGCAAAGAUGCUUACAUCAUCCAACGAUACCUAGAAGACCCGCUUCUCAUCGGAGGCAAGAAAUUCGACCUUCGUCUCUACGUUCUUGUCACCAGCUAUCGACCCCUCAAGGCAUACAUGUACCGGCUUGGAUUUUGUCGUUUUUGCACAGUGAAAUACAACAGCAGCACGAGUGAGCUGGAGAACAUGUUCGUUCACCUCACAAACGUGUCGAUUCAAAAACAUGCUGAGAAAUAUAAUGACAGUCAUGGUGGCAAAUGGUCGAUACAUAACCUCAAGAUGUACUUGGAAGGAACGAGAGGAAAAGAGGCGAAUGAUAAACUUUGGGAUGACAUUCAUUGGCUUAUCGUUCACUCGUUGAAGGCCGUACAGCCUGUGAUGGCUAGUGAUCGGCAUUGCUUUGAGUGUUACGGCUAUGAUAUCAUGAUUGACACAGCUCUCAAACCGUGGCUAAUAGAGGUGAAUGCAUCUCCGUCACUCACAUCGACGACUGCAGCAGACAGAGUCAUGAAAUACAGUCUCAUCAGCGACAUACUCAACAUCGUUAUUCCAGGACGAGACAUUCCUGACGUUCGAUGGAACAAAAUUCCUGCCAAGAAAGCUCUUGGUAACUUUGAUGUAUUGUAUGAUGAAGAGUUGGAGAGGCUUGCUCAUCUGUCUGAUACUGCAGAUGGUCGUGAUGGGAAAUCGAGAGCAGCAGCUGCAGGACGCAGUCAAACUGGCAAAGAUGGGAAGAAGCAGCUAACCAUUUGGAAGUGAAAUGAGAUAAGCCACAAGCAAGUAAUGGAAAUUUAGUUGAUAUUAAUUAAUGCACUCAAACUCUUGCCGCGGGGUUACUGGUUGGUGAUUUCAGAUGUGGAAAACUGUGGGAGUGUGUUUGCUAUACUGAGCUGAUAUUAUGCCAUUUGUUUGCUGUAAAUAAUGUUUCAUAGUUUAUACAUUCUCUCUGUUGUUGACUGACGUUACUGGAUGUUUGCUGACUUGAGGAAGCAAGUACACAGAGACAGACAGACUGGAGAAUGACAAACAGACUGGAUGGAUGGCUCACAGGGUCGUCUGCAGACACACUGGCUGGAAAACAGAUAGUCAAAGAAAAUGCAAGCAAACGAAUAAACAGAUAAACAUACCAGGGAACGUAAAGAAUUA